GGGGUGGAAUUGGCAGUUUGAAAACCUUGUUCAGCCCCUCAUCCACUCUAAGGUCCACUGCAAAUUUGCAAAAAAAUUGGAAGAUGUUCUAGAAUCAUAUAUAAGUCGAGAUUGUUUCCAACAGAGUCACUGAUCAGUUUGAGCCCGGCUUGUCAACAUGAAAUCCCUGUCGAUCGUUCUAUCCAGCGUGCUGGCUUUGGCUUUGGCCGCACCCCAGGUGCCAUACAACUCCCACGUGGUGCUUCCAAGCAGUGGCGGUCACCAAUACACCCUCACCAACCGUCCUCAGGGAUUCAGCAUUGAGACGGGCGCUGCUCUGUCCCGCGCUGCACCCGUGCAACACGUUGCACCAGUUGUGCAACACGUUGCUCCUGUCGUGCAGCACGUUGCACCAGCCGUGCAACACGUCGCCGUCACUCCCGUUGCUCCCGUUGCUCCUGUUGCCGUGAGAGCAUCCGCUGUACAGCCCGCUGCAGCUUACUACAGACAGGCUGCUCCAGCUGCCCAGUAUGCUGCUGCAAGGAAAUCUGUAGUCGUAGCCCAGCCCGCUCCAAUCCACUACUCACCCGUCCAAUACUCCGCCCAGUUCGACCAAUCAGCUGCCUCCCACUACGUCGCCGACCAAUCAGCUGCUUUCGCCGCCAAAUCAGCUGCCGCCCAACAGUACAGCUCAGCAUCAGCUGCCGGAUUCCGUUCCGCCCACCAGAUUCCCAGCGCCAACAUUGUCAGACAACAGCAGGAUAUCAGCGAUGAUGGAUCGGCUUUCACUUAUGGAUUCGAAUCAGACAACGGCAUCUCCGUCCAAUCGCAAGGCCAACUGAAGGUGUACGGACCCGAGCAGGCCGGCCACUCCGUCUCAGGAUCCUACUCGUACGUCGGAGACGACGGUCAGACCUACACUGUCAACUAUGUCGCUGACGAGACAGGAUUCCACGCCAGCGGAGCUCAUCUGCCCCAGAUGUCCGAGGAAAUCGCAAGGUCGGUCGAGUACAACCUCGCCCCACCCCGAGGAAUGGACCCAGAAGUAAACAGACACCAUGAAGAUCCUGGAGACCUUGGAGAUCGACACUGGAUUUGGAAUUGGACUGGAGAGUGCAUUGAGGAAACUAAAGUGGACUAAGAACUACUGUAGAUUUGAAAGUUCAGCAUGGAUCCGAAAUAAACUCAAAAGCUCACUUUCAUUCGGAAGUGAACUAAAAAGUGCCUUGAGGAAACGGAGCUGGACCAAGAGCUACUCUUAGUGGAUACAAUAGUUCAGCUAGGAUCCGAAAUGAACCCAAAAGUUCACCUACAUUCGGAAGUGAACUGGAGAGUGCAUUGAGGAAACUGAGGUGGACUUGAAACUACUGUGUGUGGGUCAAUAGUUCAGCUAGGAUCUGAAAUGAACUUUAAAGUUCACCAACAUUCGGAAGUGAACUGAAGAGUUCAGGAGGGAUACACAGCUGGACUAAGAACUACAAUGAGUGGAUUUGAAGAUUCAUCAAGGAUCCGAAAUGAACUUGAAAGUUCACCAUGAAUCCAGGUGUCGAUAACCAGUCAACAUGUUUGAAUGUUCCCGCUAUUUCGGUGAGAAUUUCAACGACAUGUAAAUAGUGUAAAUCAGCAAUAAAUUACCAUUUCCUGUACUAAAAGUA